AUGAACUCAGUUGUAGAACUAUCAGCAAAACCGAAAAAGAUUCAUCUUUCAGAGGAUUACUUCCAUGAAGUUAUCAAAGAGCUUGAGAAUGCUGCUUCCAUUAUAGCUCAGCAAAAGGUUGAAAUUGAAACAUUACAAGGAUCAUUGAGAUAUAAUGAGGCAGAACUAAAAGCUCUUCAGGAACACCAAAAGGAAUUGAAAAAAGAGAAUAAGAAGACUUUGAUGGAAAAUCAAAAAAUUACAAACUCACUACAGGGUGAAAUAGAUAAUUUAAAGUUAGAGCUGGAGCAUACACAAAAACAAGUUGGAGUGUGGAAGACUCGUGCUUGCGAAUUACAACAGUCCUUGAAGAAAUUCCUAGAUUCUGCAAUCAUGGAUGGAGGGAACGAAACGAGUGGGAUAGAUCAUACAUACAUCAAUAAUUAUGAAGAUACUAUUCUUAAUUUGAGAAAUCAGCUAGAUGAAAGGCUUAUACGAAUUGAGAGUUUGGAAUUAAAGAUACAGAAUUGUGAAAUGGAAAAUAACGAUUUGAAUAAUGAACUUGCAAAUUUAAAAAGUAAAAAUAAACUAAUUGAAUAUGAACUAAGAGGUUUAAAAGAAAGAAGUAGAAAGGAAGAAAAUGAGAAAAGGAGAUUACAAUAUAGAGAGCGGAAUUUAUCACAAGAAGUCGCUAAUCUACAAAGAAAAAUUUCAAAUAAAGUAGAAGAACUACAGAAAGAAAAGACAAUACUAAAUGAACAAAUAUGGGAUUUAGAACAGAGACUAAAAGAAACUGAAGUCGAGAAUAACAAAUAUAUUACUAAUAGAAAUUUUGAAUUGGCUGUUAGAAAUAAUAUUAACUAUAUAAAGACGUCAUUGAUUGAACAAAUACGUAAACUACAGAAAUUUGUACAAUUUUUGUAUUCUCAUAAAAAAGACUUUAUAAGUGAUGAAAACCUAGAUUUUAUGAAUUAUGGAAUCAGGACUUUAACUAAAUUAUCUCCGGAAAAUCUUGAUAAUGAAGAUAUGAGUGUGCAAAUACAAAAUGUAGACACUUAUAAGAACUAUGAUUCUUAUGAUACUUUUCAUCUUCAUGAAAUUCAGAAAGACAAAGAUGAUAAAUCCUUUUAUAAAUGGGACUUUAAUGAUGCAUCACAUGAUAAUAAUUAUCAAGUGCAGUCAAUGCUGUUGAAAAAACAGAAAUACACAAAAGAUUUUAAUGAAGUAUUUACAACAGAUAGUACAUCUAAAUCAAAUCUUAUAUAUUCUAAAGAUAACCUUCUAACUCACAAAGUUAACAAAUCUAAAUUUAAUAAUGAACUUAGAACAUUUAAUAUAGAAGAAAUGUCACCCAGCUUAUUUGAAUUAGCUAGAGAAACAAUUAAUGUACUUGGGGAAGUGUCCAAUGAACACCAAGAUCUGAUAGACGAGUUGCAACUAGUAUUCAAUGAUGAUGGUUAUAUUAAUCAGAAUUCUUGUAGAAGUGAAACUUGUUCUCAGUCUAGUUUAAUCUCAUUUUUAAGUGAGUAG